UAAAGGCUCUUCAACCGGAAACUGAAAAGUUUUUCUUCGAACUUUUCUCUCUGAGGCAAAAGAGGAAAACGAGACGAUACUCGGUGUCAUAAACGACACGGUUCCUCAUUCUCAGUGCAUUUUCGUGUGCUGUUAGAAAUGUGUGAGCUGCCGACCAUCAGGGGAGAAGUGAACGGUUUCUGGCGAGGAUAAGGGCGACGUCGAGUGAGAUUUUUAGGCUGCUCAACACUCAUAACGGAUUUUGGUCCUUUAACAUGGAAGAUGGUGUGAAAAAAGACCCAGCCCAGUGUAAAGAGCCAAAGUUCCUGGGUAAGGCUGGCUGGGUGAAGAAGGCGCCUGGCAGACUGUUGGCAAGCUAUAAGGACCGCUACAUCCGUGUGGAAAAGACAGAGAUUGCGGUGUAUGAAAAUGAGGACCUGCAGAACUGCUUAGAAAGGCUUGACCUGGAAAACUAUGACAAAUGUCAUGAGCUGAAGAGCACAUUCAAGAAGAGGCACAGACUGAUACUGAUCCGAACAGCCAAGUCUGGAAAUAAGGUCCAUGAUGUGAAGUUCCAGGUUCAGACUGCAGAGGAGAAGGAGGCCUGGAUUAAAGCCCUGGCUGACGGCAUCAAUCGAGCAAAAAACAAAGUCUUUGAUGAGGUCAAGGUUGAUAACAGCAGUAAUUUAGAGCAUGUAACUAGAACAAGGCCCAAGGCGAACCGUAACCGGCGGCCACCAACCAGGAUACACAUGAAAGAGGUAGCUGGUAUGUCAUCUGAUGGUAUCCUGCGUUUGGAUCUUGAUCUUGAAGAUGCCAUAAUGCCUAAUGGGACCCACUGUGUCAAUGUUGAUGGUACUGAGACCUCCAAAGAGACCAUCAAAGUGGCAACACCUGUGUCCAAUGCCAGUGAAGCUGCAGAGAAACAGUCAGGGCCAAGUGAUAAGGCGGAGAAGGGGGCUCAGUCCGAGCCAGAGGUCAGUCCCCAGAAAAAGGUCAUCAAACCCCCCAUGCCCCCUACAAAAGAGGCUAAACCUGUUUCAGCGCCCGAGAAUGAACCGGAUAAGGAGGAUGAACCACAGAAAAAGGUCCUGAAGCCACCUAUGCCUCCAUCUAAAGAAGCCAAGUCCUGUAUUUCACCUACUGAAGAGGUUUCGGAGGAGGCCACAGUUGAGGAGACGUCUGAAAAGGGCCCUGAUGCUACAAAAAAGACAGGCCCACCACCAACCCCUCCCAACAAACCCAGCCUCCACAACUCCUUGAGCAAUCUUGCAGAGGCCUCACAGUCCAUGCCUCCUACUCCCCCAUCCAAAGAGAAGAAACCCUCCCAUCCUGCUGUGGCUCCAGACCAAGAGGUUCAAGGCACAGCUGAGGAUACGGAGGAGGAAGAAGACAGCAGGAAGGAGACAACAGGAACAGCUAUGGAAACAGAUGAAAUGGACCCCUCGAUGUCUGGUCAUGAGAGUCCCAGCACAGAAGUACAGGUGUGCGAAGAAGAGAAAGGGGAUACCAUAAGCACUCCUUGCCCUCUUCUGACCUCCAAAAAGAAGCCUGAGAAUCAGCCAAUCGAGAGACAGGACCAUACUGCAUCACCGCAAACAUCCUCAGAUACCUCAGACAAUUCAAUUCAAGCAGAAGAAGGGCUACCCAAGAGCGAAGUCCUGUCUGUAUCUGUCUCUUUGAAUGACCCACUCACCGACAGUAGACAGGAGGAGAAGUAUGUAGACAGCGGUCAGCAGUCAGGCGAUAACAGUGAAGGCUCUGACAAUGAAGACACACUGGCAGCAUCCACAGUGGCAUUUAGAGGGAGCCAUGCCGAUUUGGAUGUGCUGGACGCCAGCGAGGACAACAAUGAGAUCUCUGUUAGUUUAAGGCCAACACAGGCUGCAACCAAGUCUCAAGUUAGAUCAAAGGUGUGUCCACCCUCAAAGCCCACUACUCCUGUCAAACCCUCUGCCAAGGCCAGGUCAGCCUCCAUCGGAGAUCUGCUGACUGACUCCUCAGGCUGCAUCCAGGAGAGGCAGCAUGCCAGAGAUGUGGCUGGAAGUGACAGGUCUUCUGCUGAUGGUGUCAUUCAACUUGAGACUGAAGUGGCACUGGAGAAGGAAAAGACAAGCCAGCUCAUGAGGACAGCGUCCCAGUCCCAGGGGGGAGGCAACAAGGAGGGCAUGCCAGAGGAUCUGCUGGCCAAGGCCAUGGAUAGGCUGGAGAAGGCCGAACAUGUCCUCAGGCAGGUCAAGAAACUGAAGCUCACGUCAAACAACAGGAAGAGCUGGUGAAUGUCAGUGAUAGCAGAUUGACUUGAAAUUGGCCAUUAGCAUAACCGCCUGGACAGUGAUUGUUCAGUUAUAGCUUAGCAAUCUUAAAUAGGCACAGCAGGCUCCAGCUUUGGAUUCUCCAUGUACAGAUUGUUUUUCUUGGCUUUUCCAAAGUUGGAAAAACAAGAGAAAAAGCGUGAGGAAUGGAUUUCACAGUGUUUGUCUGCUCUAAUAUAAGCUGCAAUCAUUAGCAUGUCUGGCUAACUAGCUUACUACCUAUAGUAGUAACUAAGCAAGACUUCCAAGGUCACAUAGCCAUAAUCAUUAACUGGCUGCCUUAGUUUGUGGGGUUACAGGUUACAAAAACGACCCCUCAGGACUAACACAUUCACUAUGUACUAUAUCCCCAUGGUGUGGAGGCCCAUGCCAAAUGAUUUCAGAUACACUUAACACUCCAACAACCUAGUUAACAAUAACCAAGCUAACAAUAAUCUGUUUGUCUAAUACAUCCAAAAAGCCUUUCCCCUUUUAACAGUAUGAGAGAAACAUACUGAACAGAGACAUUAUCCAGCUGAUAAAAUCUGACGACGAUGGUCACCUCAGCAGGGUAAAAUUAACCACUGUGCUAGAAAUGGGAAGAUGCUUUUGUCUAACUGUCUGAAAUCAAAGACCUACUCGUUCAGAAAUUACCAUGUGACAGUGGGAAGCCUGACAGGUGUAGGAUUAUCAGCUAUCUGGGUCGGUGGCUUAGUGAACGGUCAUAAAGACUUGGGCAGAAAGUCGCUCUGUUCUUUUGCAGGGUUAUGCAGCACAUGCACCUGUUUGCUCAUAAUUAACUAAGUGCAAUUAUUUCUAGUUUAACUUUCUCCGCAGCUGAAAGGAAUGCUUAAUGUCCUACUGUGUAUUGUUUAUUUUUUUUAUAUGAAAUAUCAGACAUUUUCAAGAAUAACUAUUUGAAAGCUAAUAUGAGUAUUAAUAACAUAAUGACAAACCAGUACUGUUACUACAUUGAGAACAUGCAAAAAGUACUCAAAAGUGUUAAUAAUUACACAAUAGUUUAAAUGGUUUACUUUGUGGAUUCAUGAAGCCUUUUCUCCUAUUUUCAGAUGGCAUGUUUUUGCUGGAAGUUUAUAUGAGGGAAUUUAUACUGUACCUACUUUAUACUUAUACUGCAGCACGUGCUGUUUAUUGAUGUUGAGGAAGGACGUGCCAACAUAGCUCAGGAGUUUUCUGAAAUGUAUCUUUUCAGACUAAUCAUGUGAUUUUAUCAGAUAUUUUUCAUCAAAGGAGAACUGUUCCCUGAAGGAUUACGGUUUCUUCUAAAGAAUAAUAUGUUUUUUAUACUGAUAUUGUACAUAGCACAGAACAAAGAGCUUGUAGCAGGCGCUUUGGCUCUCACUAAUCUUUAUUACAAUUCAUUUUUACACAAAUUUGCUUUUAUGAGGGACAUGUGCUUAUCAGGGACGUUCCUCACUACCCGGAAGAAUUUCCCCCUUUUUCGUCCAGUGCUUUGUUAAAAGAUAUGGUCGUUUUUAAGACUAUUUUUAAUUAUGCCAUGCCAUUUAGAGUCUGUAAGAAUAUUUUUUAACAUUAGACAUCAUUUUGUACUCUUGGAUAAAAUUUGCUAUUACCCAAAUAAAUAAAGGGAAACUAUCCAUU